UUUAUUUUAUUUACACUGUGAUGGUUAACGUUAAAACUUUAUUUACACUCUGAUGGUUAACAUUACACUGUGAGGGGGUCAGUACGGAUCACAGAUCCACUACGGAUCCGCUACAUCACUACUAGACAGGAAGUGGAGGAUUAAAAUCGUUCUGAUCCGUUUGUCUCAGGGACUGCGUACCAAGCGGCCGGCCCUUCCACCUCUACAGACUUCUGCUUCAGUACCACGAGCCGGAGCUCUGCUCCUUCCUGGACACCAAAAAGAUCACACCCGACUCCUACGCCAUCAACUGGAUGGGAAGUCUGUUUUCCAGCCACUGCCCCCCCGAUGUCACCCAGGCCUUGUGGGACUGCUACUUCCGGCAGGCCGACCCCUUCCUCAUCUUCUUCCUCAUGCUCAUCAUCCUCGUCAACGCCAAAGAGGCCAUUCUUUCACAAGAAGGAGACGGCAGAGAGGACAUCAUCAAAAUGCUGGAAGAGUCUCCUUCUCAUCUGGAAUCGGAGGACGUUGAAGAUUUGUUUUCUCUGGCUCAGCAUUACCAGAGUAAGACCCCUCUGUCUCUCAGAAAGAUGAACCAGAACCUGUUUGGUAGCAGCCUGGUGGCUCUGAAAGAGGAGGACACUGAUCUGAGUCAAGCACUGUGUCUGCCUGUAUCCGUCCCCGAGAUCCUGCAGGCCAACCAGCUGCAGCAGGUCAGUCGCUGUCUCUUCACUAAAGUCAGCCGUGUGAGGAGAAAGAAAGACGAUCAUGUGAUACUGACCGGUGCCAGAAGUGUAGUAGUUGAUAACAACAAGAGUGAAAUACCACGAUUCUCCAACAACAACAACAAAACAGUGAAUCCUAUGGACCUCAACAUGCACUCCUUUUAUUAGACAUCUGAACAUUACCAUGAAACAACAGCUAAUGUGUUUUAAGGGUAAGGAGAUCAGGAAAGUUGUGCCCCUCACCUGAAGAGUUAAGAAAAAGAGCUGUAGUACUGAAGUCUCUUAAAGCUGCAUUCUCUCUAGUGUCCACCAGG